AACGUCAGUCUGCUAUUAACUCUCAACAGUGAAACAUCUCUUCCAUCAAUUUGCAAUUUUAUAUUUUAACAAUGGAGGAUUGGGCUAUGAUCUUGGCAUUGGUGAUAGUGAUAUUAAGUAUUUACUAUUACGCGUUUAAGGAUUUGAAUUAUUUCAAGAAAUUAAAUUUACCGUAUAUCGAACCAUGGCCAAUAUUUGGCAACAUGGGCCCAACAAUUUUUCGUCAAAAAACUAUGGUAGAUUUAGUAGUCGAUGCUUACAAUCGAUAUCCCAAAGCAAAAUACAUGGGUUUCUUUGAUUUGGGUACACCGGUAUAUUUCAUACGUGAUCCGGAAUUAAUUAAAAAAAUUGCUAUCAAAAGUUUCGAUCAUUUCCCGGACCAUCGUGGUUUCGUAGACGAAGUACAGGAUCCAUUAUUCGGCAAGAAUUUAUUUUCAUUACGCGGUGACAGAUGGAAGGAAGCCAGAACCAUGUUGACACCUACGUUUACAUUGAGCAAAUUAAAAGGCAUGUUCAAACUUAUGAGCGAUUGCGGUGCUGAUUUUACCGAAUUUUUAGGAAAAAUGCCUAAAGAAAAAAGAACGAUUGAAAUGAAGGACGUAUUAACGAGAUAUACAAACGAUGUAUUAGCAACUUGUGCAUUUGGCAUAACUAUUAAUUCGAUGAGAGAUAGGAACAAUGAUUUUUACGUUUUCGGAAAAAAGGCAACUAAUUUCGAUGGUAUUAGAUCAUUGAAAUUUUUCUUAUUGAGAAGUUUCCCAAAGAUUACGAGAUUACUCAAUCUUAAAUUGAUACCCGAUAACAUUGGUCAAUUUUUCGAAAAGGUUGUCAAAGAUGUGAUAGAUACAAGAGACAAAUAUAACAUCGUUAGAACGGAUAUGAUACAAUUGAUGAUGGAAGCUAGAAAUAAAAAGGCAGAAAUUGGACAAGAAUUGCCAUUGAUCGAAAUAGUUGCACAAGCAUUAAUAUUUUUUUUCGGUGGUUUCGAUACAGUAUCAACGGCAAUGUGUUUCACUUGUCACGAAAUUGGUGUUAAUCCUGAUAUACAAAAAAGAUUGCAAGAAGAGAUCGAUGAUGUUAUUGAAAAAACUAAUGGAAAUUUAACAUAUGAUUCUAUUAACAAUAUGCAAUAUCUUGAUGCAGUGAUUAACGAAUCCCUUAGGAGAUAUCCAAUUGCAAUAUUUCUCGACAGAGUAUCCAUUGACGAUUACGAAUUACCACCAUCAUUACCAGACGGCAAACCAAUCUUAUUGAAAAAGGGAUCUAACUUAUGGUUCCCAGUUGCUGCAUUCCAUUACGACGAGAAUUAUUUUGAAAAUCCAUACAAAUUCGAUCCGGAAAGAUUCAUCGAACGUACCAAAGAGAUUAAUAAUUCUGGUGUUUAUUUGCCAUUUGGAUUGGGACCAAGAAUGUGCAUUGGUAAUAGAUUCGCUUUAUUGGAAAUGAAAGUAUUGAUAUUCCAUUUAUUGGCUAGGUGUAAUUUAAAACCUAAUUCGAAAACAUUAAUUCCAAUGCGAUUAUCGAAAAAAAGUAUAAACCUUAACGCCGAGACUGGUUUUUGGAUGGAUAUAGAAGAAAGAAAUGAUAUUCAUCCUGCAUUGAAAAAUUUGCAAUCAUCUAGUAAUAAUGUUAAUGAUAAUCAUUCUAAUAAUAACUGUAAAAUUGAUUCAACUGUUAAUGGCGUUAGCAAUGGUUGUUGUCCGAUUAAAGCUUAAUAUCUUAACGAAAAUAAUGAAUAAUGUUAUUAAUAUAAAUUCAUCUUUUAUAGAGAUAAUGCGCGUUUUCGUAAGAUAUUAAAUUAAUUGAAUCUCAAUUACGCGUAACAUUGUUUAGAAAAUUAUACAGGCAAAUAGAAUAUUAAUAAUGUAAUUUAAUAUGUGCUAUAAUCAAAUUGUGAUAAUCAUUUUUUUUUUUUUUUUUAAAUAAUAACAAUAUAUAUAUUUAGCGAGAUGAAAAUAAUUGUAUCGUGAUUAAAACCAUUUCUUUUUUUUUUUUAUUAAGUUCAUACAUCUUUACAAUUUGUCCGUGGACACAUUUAAUAAAUUGUUAAUUUUAAAAAGUAGUAAUCAUUAUUUACGUAAACACACAUGAUUCAUUUGAUAAGAAAUACACACACAAGCGUAACGACGGAAAAAUUGUCUUCAUUGUCAAAACAUUCUCCGUUUGUUAUCUAUUGCAAUAAGAUAAGAUUUAACAGUAAAUAAUGUAUUUUUUCAAUUUUAUAAAACAAAAAUUAAAUUCAAUAACAAAAUAUUAUAAACGUUGAGAACAUGUAUAAUAAAAGUAAUAAAUUGAUUCAAUGAUUUUAA